AUGCAGUUUUUGUUGCUAUGUCUUCUCUUAGCAGUCGCCCUACUAUCGACGGGCUCCCUGGCAUUCUAUCCCAUCAAGCUGCCUGAUUACGGCCAGCCGUCUCCGUCGGAUCAUGGCUCUGGUGAGAGGAAGCGAUUCUUCCCCGUCCCGGACUUAUACAAGCACGACCACGCCAUUGGAUCUACAACGUUGAAUAUCAAACGGCGUCCUAGCAAUUACCGUCGAGCCAACAACUUCCCUGCCGUCCUUGCAUCUGCACCAUCGGCGCCGAACACCCUCGGUAUCAACAACGAUGGCUUUGAUUACUCGUACUUCUCCGAAAUCAAGUUCGGAUCCGAGGGACAGAAGAUGUGGAUGUUGAUAGACACGGGAGCGUCGAGGACUUGGGUUUUUGGGACCGAUUGCACCAGCAAAUCGUGCGGAGCGCACAAUACCUUUGGAAAGGAGGAUUCGAAAACUAUCAAGGUCACGGAUGAGAAUUGGGACGUCACAUACGGCACGGGAAAAGUCUCGGGAGUCAUCGUGAACGAUACGAUGUCGUUCGCUGGUUUCCAGUUGGAUACUCCCUUUGGCUCUGCCCACACGGCCUCGGACGACUUUCUCAGCUAUCCCAUGGACGGCAUCCUAGGUGUAGGACCACAAGAUUCGAAAGCAAAGACUCCAACAGUCAUACAGCUUAUGAUGCAGCAGAACCUCCUAAAGAGCAAUAUCAUCGGUAUCAACCUCCAACGAAACUCCGAGGGCGCUACGGACGGGCAGAUCACCUUUGGAGAUGUCGACAAGAGCAAAUUCUCAGGGGACAUUACAUAUUCUGACAUAGUUCCUAGUGGUUAUCAGUGGGAAAUCAGCGUCGACGACAUGAUAAUGGACGGCAAACCUCUGAACUUCAAGGGACGAAGUGGGAUCGUUGACACUGGAACAUCCUUCCUUCUUCUGCCUCCUGACGAUGCCGACCUCGUUCACUCCAAGAUCCCUCAAUCAGCCAAAACUGCAGUCUUUUAUACUGUCCCUUGUUCUACAAAGACCAAUAUCGAACUCUCCAUCUCCGGCAUCAAAUACACCAUCCAGCCCAAGGACUAUGUCGGAUAUGAAACGAGCACAAAGGGGACUUGCAAUUCUCUGAUAAUCGGGCGUCAAGCCAUAGGUCCUAAGCAGUGGCUUCUGGGCGACGUUUUCUUGAAGAACGUAUAUUCUGUAUACGAUUUUGAUAAGCGUCGAGUUGGUUUAGCGGCGAGGAAUUACGGAGACUCCAAGAAUCCGACAUCUUCCUCUCCUCCCUCUCCAGCUCCUACCUCUGCGCAAGCACCAUCGGGCGGCUCUCCCGGUCUACCAGAGCAAUCUGGAACAAAGCCCACUGCAGGCUCUACCACCAGCGGCCCUGGUAGUAACCCGACAAAUCCUGCUGGCUCCAGUGCUGCAUCCAGUGUUUCCAUGCCGACUUGGCUUUCAGUUGCCAUCUUCCUAUCCACAGCUUCCUCCCUCACUCUCUACAGCUGGAUUUAA